AAUGAUGUCUGGAAGGAGUUCUGUAAGCGGGGUGAGUGGAAACCAAAGCUCCAGCUCUGUUGCAGGAAUGUCUGUUCAGAUUAAUCUGGAUGAUAUGGCAAUAGAGCAGAUUAUAGCUUUAGUGGCAGAAUCUAGCCAAUCAGUGAACCGGUUGAGCCAGGAGACCAGUAUGUUAGAGGAGUUCUAUAAUAGGAUGACCGGCGGGGAGGUUAUAGCAACUGUAUUUGAGAGAGCUGAGUCCCAGGAAGGCAGCUCCGCAGCAUCUCCAGAGAGCAGCAAACCAGCUACAGCAAGUGGAUCAGUCUUGGACACAGGUGUCAAUGUGAAUCCGUCAAUCCGACGAAGCGUAGCUGGGAGACGACAUUCUUCAGGUUCAAGAAUUGAUCCAAGAGGAAGGCAGAUACGCUUGAGUAUUAUUCAAAAGUGCGGUAUAGCAGGGAAAGAAGUCUCUUUAACCCAGCAGAAUAAAGCUAAAGAAAUCCUUAGUAGAAGAAUUCAGUUAGAGCAGGGUCGAGCCAAUCUUGAGGAGAGAACAAUGCAAUUAAAGGAAAGCUUUAAACUAACAUUCAUCUAA